AGCAACGAAAGUGCCCAAAAAGAAAAAAAAUAAAUAUAAAAACUCUCACACUCUCUCCUACUCACUCUCGCAAAGCUCUGAAGAAUUUCCGCUCUUCUGAGCUUCCGGUCUCCUCAAAGCAUACUUUUCUUCUCGCCUCUUUCCGCCGCGGUUCCGCCAUUUCUGGUUCUGUACAGCUCUCCCCAUUUCUCUCACUUGCUCUAAACCCUCACUCGAGCGGUGUUGAUUUGUGCGGUUCAUUGUGUAAUUUGUUUCGUUUGUUCUGAAGUUGGAACUAGGGUUUUUGGCGUGGUGGUUCUGUGGUUCGGUUCGGGGGUUUGGUUCCUCUGCAUCUUUGGUGAAUCGAAAUGGAAGAGGGUACAUCAUUCGAAAUAUUGCCUGGGACGAUAAAGGGUAUUAGAUUUGGCUUAGCUACUAAGCAAGAAAUUGUCAAGUCCUCUAUAAAUGAGUUCCCCAUAAAUCAUCCCAGUCAGCUCUUAAAUCCUUUUCUUGGGCUUCCGCUUGAGGCAGGAAAAUGUGAAUCUUGUGGUACUGCUGAGCCAGGGCAAUGUGAAGGUCAUUUUGGCUACAUCGAAUUGCCAAUACCUAUUUAUCACCCUGACCAUGUUAGUGAAUUAAAGCGGAUGUUGAGCUUAUUGUGCUUAAAGUGCCUGAAAUUAAAAAACAGGAAGUUUCAGGUCAAGCAUAUUGGUGUUCUUGAAAGGAUGCUGUCCUCAUGUUGUGAGGAAGUUUCACAAAUAUCAGUAAAUGAAGUUAAAAAUUCUGAUGGUGCUUGUUACUUAGAGUUGAAGUUACCAAAGAAUGCAACACUUGAUGAUGGCUUUUGGAGCUUCUUGGAGAGAUAUGGAUAUCGCUAUGGUGAUGGCUAUUCUCGUCGGUUGCUUCCUCUUGAGGCAAUGGAAAUACUAAAAAGAAUACCUGAAGACACCAGAAGAAAGCUUUCAGCUAAGGGAUAUUAUCCACAAGCUGGUUAUAUCCUGGAAUUCUUGCCUGUUCCACCAAACUGUCUGUCUGUGCCUGACAUUUCUGAUGGGAUGAACAUUAUGUCAUCAGAUCAUUCAAUUACAAUGCUAAGAAAAGUCCUAAAACAAAUAGAGAACAUUAAAAGUUCAAGGUCUGGGACUCCAAACUUUGAGUCUCAUGAAGUGGAAGCAAAUGAUUUACAGCUAGCAGUUGCACAGUAUCUUGAGUUUAGGGGGACAGGAAAGGCAUCUCGUGAUGUGGAUAAACGUUAUGGAGUUGGGAAAGAAUCAAAUGACACAACUACCAAGGCUUGGCUCGAGAAGAUGAAAACAUUAUUUAUUAGAAAGGGAUCUGGAUUUUCUUCUCGUAGUGUGAUUACUGGUGAUCCUUUUAAGGGGGUGGAUGAAAUUGGAUUACCAUUUGAGGUUGCCCAAAGAAUCACUUUUGAAGAAAGAGUUAGUCUGCACAAUGUGGCAUACCUGCAGAAGUUAGUUGAUGAAAAAUUGUGCUUGACCUACAAGGAUGGAUCAUCCUCAUAUUCUCUGAGUGAAGGAUCCACAUCGCACACCUUUUUGAGGCCUGGCCAGCUUAUUCACAGGAGAAUUAUGGAUGGGGAUAUUGUGUUUAUCAAUAGGCCACCAACUACACAUAAGCAUUCCUUGCAAGCUUUAUCAGUAUAUGUACAUGAUGAUCACACAGUCAAGAUCAAUCCGCUCAUUUGUGGGCCCCUAAGUGCUGACUUUGAUGGUGAUUGCAUACAUCUGUUUUAUCCCCAGUCUCUAGCUGCCAAAGCAGAGGUUUUGGAGCUCUUCUCUGUAGAGAAACAACUGUUGAGUUCACAUACUGGUAAUUUCAAUUUGCAGAUGGGCUGUGACUCUUUGUUGGCAUUCAAACUAAUGUUUGAAAAUUACUUCUUCAGUAAAGCUUGUGCCCAACAACUGGCCAUGUUUCUCCCAAGUACUUUACCUAAGCCUGCACUUGUAAAGUCACAUAUUUCUGUCCCUCAUUGGACCACCUUUCAGAUUUUGGAGACUGCUUUACCUAAGUGCUUUGACUGUUUAGGAGAUAGAUAUACUAUUAACAAAAGUGAGGUGUUAACAAUUGACUAUAGCAAGGAGACUGUGUCAUCAAUCCUCAAUGAUAUUGUUUCUUCAAUUUAUUUUUCAAAGGGUCCAAAGGAGGUUAUACAGUUCUUUAAUGCAUUGCAGCCUCUUUUGAUGGAAUAUCUGUUUAAAGAAGGCUUUAGUAUUGGUCUUGGGGACUUUUUCAUUGCCAAAGCUGCUAGAGAGAAAAUCCAGAGAAGCAUUCAGGGUGAAGCAAAGUUGUUGAAUAACUUGAGGUCAUCUUACAAUGAAUAUGUGGAGCUGCAAUUGGAGCGUCUCCUGAGGGUUGAAAAAACCCCAGUCACAGCUUUUGCUCUACAUUCAUCAGCUAUUGGCCAUUUAAUUGACCCUAAGAGUGAGUCUGCUCUUAACAAGGUUGUUCAACAAAUUGGCUUUUUGGGGUUGCAAAUGUCAGACCGAGGGAAAUUCUACUCCAAGACACUUGUAAAGGACAUGACUUUGCUAUUCCGAAACAAGUAUCCUUCUGCUGGUCAUUAUCCUUCCGAGGAAUAUGGCGUGGUGAGCAGCUGCCUCUUUAAUGGUUUGGAUCCAUAUCAGGAGAUGGUUCACUCAAUAUCCAGUAGGGAAGUGAUUGUCCGUUCAACAAGAGGCCUGACUGAACCUGGAACAUUGUUCAAGAAUCUGAUGGCAAUCCUCCGAGAUGUUGUUAUUUGUUAUGACGGGACUGUGAGAAAUGUAUGUAGUAAUUCCAUUAUUCAGUUUGAAUAUGGGGUUAACAAUGAAAGCAAGUUUCAGAGUGAAUUUGGUGCUGGUGAGCCUGUUGGAGUAUUGGCUGCAACUGCUAUGUCAAAUCCCGCAUACAAGGCAGUACUUGAUUCAUCUCCAAGCAGUAAUUCCUCGUGGGAAAUGAUGAAGGAAAUUCUGCUUUGUGGAGCCAGUUUCAAGAAUGAUCUAUCUGAUCGCCGUGUAAUACUCUAUCUAAAUGAUUGUGGAUGUGGAAGGAAGUAUUGCCGAGAAAGAGCAGCCUACCAAGUGAAUAAUCAUUUGAGAAAAGUUUGUUUGAAGGAUGCUGCUGUUGAAUUCUUGAUAGAAUAUGGAAUACAACAAACUACAUAUGAGGUUCUUGGAGUGGGUGCUUACCUUGUUGGUCACAUUCAUUUGAACAAGAAACAACUUGAAAGUCAAGGUCUUGAUCUCAAUGAGAUUCUUGAAAGAUGCCAGGAUAAACUUUAUUCCCUCAAGAGGAAGAAAAAAAUUGGUCUUUUGUUCAGAAGAAUUGAUUUAUCAGUCAGUGCGUCUUGUUGUUUUAACCAAGGCAAAAGUACAUCAAGAGAGAUGCCAUGUUUGAGAUUCUCUUGGCCAAUUGAUUCAAGUGAUGAUCACUUAGAGCAAACUGCUCAUCUUCUUGCUGACACAAUUUGCCCAGUGCUGUUGGAAACUGUUAUAAAAGGUGAUCAUAGGGUCUCUUCAGCAAGUAUAAUCUGGAGUAAUCCUGAGACAAUGACUUGGAUUAGGAACUCAAGCAAGAAUCAGCAGGGUGAGUUGGCUGUAGAAGUUACUCUUGAGAAGGAAGCCGUCAAACAAAGUGGAGAUGCUUGGAGGAUUGUCAUGGACUCAUGCCUUCCUCUUAUCCAUCUAAUUGACACAAAACGUUCUAUACCAUACGCUAUCAAACAAGUACAGGAGUUGCUUGGGAUUUCUUGUGCUUUUGAGCAAGCUGUUCAGCGCCUGUCAACAUCUGUGACAAUGGUUACAAAAGGUGUUCUGAAAGACCAUCUACUUCUAUUAGCUAAUACCAUGACAUGUGCUGGGAGUCUUGUUGGCUUCAAUGCUGGUGGGAUAAAGGCAUUAUCUCGUUCGUUGAAUGUCCAAAUACCUUUCGCUGAAGCCACUUUGUUUACACCAAGGAAAUGCUUUGAGAGGGCUGCUGAAAAGUGCCAUGUUGAUUCAUUAUCAAGUGUUGUGGCAUCUUGUUCCUGGGGUAAACAUGUGUCUGUUGGUACUGGAUCUUCCUUUGAUAUUCUUCUUGAUACAAGGAAGGUUGAGUUAAAUCAGCAGGAAGGUCAGAAUGUAUAUGAUUUCCUUCUACUGAUGCGAAGCAGUCAUGCUCAGGAAGAAAAGGGUACUGACUGUCUUGGUGCAGAAAUUGAUGAUUUGCUACCCGAGGAUGAAGAUAUGAACUUGUACUUAUCUCCAGAAAGGGAUUCAGACACAAUGAAACCAACCUUUGAAGAUGGAGUUGAGGAUCUGAACGAGAAUGUGGAUGAAGGCAAAUCAAGUGGCGGUGGUUGGGAUAAGGUUUCAACCAACACAUCAAAUACAGGUGGUGGUGGAUGGGAUCUGGCUGACAAAAACCCAACGACAGCUAAAUCGUUUGCUGAUCAAUCAGACUCCUGGUCUUCCUGGGGUGGUCAAAAAGUUGAAGAAUCCCCUGGUUGGGGUAAAAAAGUGGAUAGCGAUGGUCUCUCCCAGCCUGCUACUGGAUCCUGGGGCAAUGCAACCCAAUCUAAUUCUUCUAAGGUUUCAACCGACACAUCAAGUGCAGAUGGCGGUGGGUGGGAUCUGUUUGACAAAAACCCAACGACAUCUAAAUCAUGUAACGAUCAAUCAGACUCCUGGUCUUCCUGGGGAGGUAAAAAGGUUGAAGAAGGAUCCCAUGGUGGUUGGGGUAAAAAAGUGGAUAGUGAUGGUUUUUCCCAACCUGCCACUGGAUCCUGGGGCAAGGCAACCCAAUCUAGUUCUAAGAUUUCAGAAUCUGGAAAAGCCCCUGAUCAGUCUGGGUCACAAUCUUCUUGGGGGAAAGACUUUGAAAAAUCUGGAAAAAGCCUUGAUCAACCUUGGGAUAGUCAUAAACAGUCUGAUCAAUGCUCUUCAUGGGGGAAAACUGUCAAAGAUGAUGUUAAAGUCACAACAUCAAGUUCUGGAGAUUGGAACCAGACAACUGAAGGAAAAUUGUCAACCUCCAGUGGUUGGAAUAAACCAGAAUCUAGUAAAGGCAUUGUUCAGUCAGCGUGGGGGAAAAAUGCUGAUGAAUCCAAGGGAGGUGCUUAUAAGCGAGCUGAUUCCUCCCCUGCUUGGGGAAAAAGUCCCAAAGAAGAUGGUGGGCAAAAGUCAGGACGGGAAUGGUCUGCAUGGAAAAAAGGAAAUGAAGAUGGAAAAUUGGUUUCACCAAAUGCUAAUGUCAGCAUAGAAACAGCACAAGGUGAUCGCACAUCUGCUUUGGACUGGGGUGAAAGUGGUCCUAGGUCUACAGAGGGUAGCUGGAGUAAGAAAGGCAUACUGGGUGAACAGCCGAAAGAAGUGGCUAGUAGUUGGGCUUCCUCUAAGGGUGUUAGUGGUGGUUGGGAUAAUGUUGUACCUAGGUCUCCCACGACACAGAAAAUAGAAUCUCAGAACAAUUCCUGGAAUUCCAGAGGUGUUGUGGUAAAUGAAAGGUCUAAUGACUCAGCUGGUGGUUGGGGUUCUCCAAAAGUUGCCGCUAGUGAUAAUACACAAUCUCAAUGGGGUGUGCAGAGGAGUACUGUAAAAGUGGAUAGCAAUCAAAGUUCACGAGGCUGGGGUUCUGCAGUUUCUGAAGAUGAAAAGUUAAAUGAAGCUACUGGAGUAGCUGGUGGUUGGGGUUCUUCAAAGGGUAGUGGGGACUGGGGUACUGCUGUACCUAGGUCUCCUGCAGCACUGAGGGAAGAGUCCCCACAUAAUACCUGGUCUUGCACAACUGCUGCAGAUGAACGUGGGAAUGAAUCAGCUGGUGGUUGGGGUUCUCCAAAGGUUGGUUCUAGUGAGGGUCAUGGUUGGGGUUCUCCAAAGGUUGGUUCUAGUGAGGGUCAUGGUUGGGGUUCUCCAAAGGUUGGUUCUAGUGAGGGUCAUGGGCAAUCUCCAUGGGGUCCGCGCAAGAGAAAAGGAGGAGACGGCAAUGAAAGUUCACGAGGUUGGGCCUCUGCAGGUUCAGGUUCUGGAGACUGGAAAAAUAAAAGAAACCGCCCUGCAAAGCCAGCUGAUGACUCCGGUACUGGUGUAGCAUUCACCGUAACAAGGCAGAGGCUGGAUAGAUUCACUGCAGAGGAGCAAGAUAUUCUCCUAGAGGUUGAACCAAUUAUGCAAAACAUCAGAAGGAUAAUGCAUCAGUCAGGGUUGAGUGAUGGUGAUCCAUUAUCUGCUGAUGACCAGUCAUAUAUUGUUAAUAAUGUUGUCAAUCACCACCCGGAUAAGGCCUCAAAAAUCGGAGCCGGAAUUGAUCACCUUAUGAUUAGCAAGCACAGUAGUUUCCAGGACACUAGAUGCUUCUAUGUGGUCUCCACUGAUGGUUCUAAACAAGAUUUUUCAUACCGUAAAAGCCUGGAGAACUUCAUCAAGAACAAGUUUCCAGAUACAGGUGAGGCCUUCACCCAGAAGUACUUUGUAAAAAAGCUUCCACCACUGCCCCGUCCCGGUUGGAGGCGAGACCAGAGUGGCGCCCCAGAAGCAGCAGCAGCAGCAGUGACUGAAGAACCCAAACAACCUAGUGCUGCCACAGAGGAAACUGUGACUGCACAACCUUAACCAAUUGUUUUCCCUUUCGGCUAGUAGUUGGCUUAAUGCUGAGAUAGUCUCACUGUACAGUUUCUCUGUAGAAAGCUAAGUUGUACUAACUCUAGUUAACUGCAUUCUGAUUGAAAUGUAUCUUCUCCGGGCGAUGAAAUGCCCAUUUUCUAUGAUCCUCUUGAAACAUUCCUGCGAGCAUUUUGGCAGGCUUUUGUGCGAAGAUUGUGACAUUUUAAUUGUUCAUGACAUCUUUAAUUCAGUAUAUAGGUGUGAUCCAUGAUUAUUAUUUA